UCCAUCUAACCAAUACAAUUUCUAAUUCUAUUUUUUUCUACAAGUUAGAGGGCGUUAAAAGAUUUUUCUAGUUAGUUCGAAGAGAGCCCUCAGUUUAAAUUAGUGUAGUAUUGGAUAUUCCGUUACUAAUACGAUAAGAUGGCGUAUAGAUUUGACAAAGAACAAGUAAACCAACUUCAAGGGUUCAUAGAUGUUUGUCAAAAGCAUCCAGAAGUUUUGCAUACGCCCGAGCUCUCUUUCUUCAGUAUCUACUUGAAAAGCUUAGGAGCAACAAUUCCUCCACCUCCAAAGCCAAAAGAAGAAUCUGAAUCCAAGUCUACUUUUGGUGAGCACCCAACAGAAGAAGAAGAAGCUAAAGAACCCGCUGAAGAGAAAGAGGAAGAAGAGGAAAUCGAGAGUGAUAUUGAUCUUGACAAUACAGGUGUUAUUGAACCAGACACUGAUGAACCUCAACCAGUGGGUGAUGAAAGUGUAGAGGUAACUGAAGAGAUGAUGGACGAAAGUAAUGAAAAGCGAGGUCAGGCAAUGGAAGCUUAUAGUGAAGGAAAGUAUGAAGAUGCUAUAAAGCUGCUCACGGAAGCCAUAUUGAAAAACCCUCAUAGUGCUGUUCUUUAUGCCAAACGUGCAAGUAUUUUUGUGAAGAUGGAGAAACCAAAUGCAGCCAUCAGAGACUGUGACAAAGCGCUCUCUCUCAAUCCAGAUCAAGCUUUGGCAUACAAAUUUAGAGGAAGAGCUCACAGGCUUUUAGGUAACUGGGAGAAAGCUCAACUUGACUUGGCAACUGCUUGCAGGAUUGAUUUCAGUGAAGAUGCCAAUGAGUGGUUGAAGGAGGUGCUUCCAAAUGCCAAAAAAAUUCAGGAGCACAGGAGGAAGUAUGAAAGAAGAAAAGAAGAAAGAGAAAUUAGAGAAAAGAAAGAGAGAAUUCGUAAAGCUAAGGAAGAAAGAGAACGUGAAUAUGAAAGAGAGAAACAACAGUCUCAAGCUGGAAAUGCAGGUCCAGAAUUUGGUGGUUUUCCAGGAGGUUUUCCUGGAGUACCUGGUGGAAUGCCUUCAGGCAUGGGAGCGGGAAUUCAGACACUUUUUCAGGAUCCCGAAAUUCUUCAGGCUUUCCAGGAUCCGGAAGUUGCUGCAGCUUUCCAGGAUAUUUCAUCUAAUCCAGCCAAUAUUGGGAAAUAUCAGUCUAAUCCUAAAGUUGCCAGUUUGAUGAAAAAAAUGGCUGAAAAAAUGGGAGGAGGUCCAAUGCCAAGUGGCAUGUAAUUUGUCAGAUUCUCAUUAUUUUGGAGUAUGAUAACCUCUCUGAAGUACUAGUAUAAAAUCUAAAGCUUUAAUAUAAGCAUUGAUUUCAACUGAUGAAUGUUAACUGUGUUCCAGAAGGCAAAACCAUGGUGGGCUCUCUAAGAUAAAGAAUUAUACAAUAGAUAGAAAAAUUUACUGUAAUCUAGGUGAUACCAAUCUUUUUAUUUUUAUUUUCAUCACAAUAGAACAAAGUAUUAUUAAGAUCUAUGAUAUUAUAAUUCAUGAGUAGCUUUAGAUUUUUGCAAAACUUUAAAAGAUGAACAUUUUUUGAUGGUUUUCUCGUGUGUGUUCUUAAUUGUGUUUGCAUUUGCUUACUUUUUCAGCAACUUUAUGAUUAGAUAAUUGUUUUUUUAUAACCGUACUACCCUAUUAAAAUAAGCAAAGUAAUGUACUAGUUGAACAGUAGAAAUUACGUUAACAUAAUAAAUAGUUUUCAUAACCGUCACUAAUUUUAUUUCUCCACAAAACAACUAAUAUCUUUACUUGAUAUUCUGAUAUUGAAUAACUGGUUCAUAUUUUAUCUUAAUUACAAUUACGAUGUUCUUAAACUUUAAUGUGAUGUGCUCCUAUUUUCAUUCCGUUUUUUUUUUCUGGAAAUUUUAAAUUUUGUCAACAUUGUGUGGUUCAAAUAAAGUGUCAUUUGUUUUCUUGAA